AGGUCUAUUUUGUGCCAUUUCUUCCAGAAACUUGUUUGCUGGAAGUGAAAGUGGAUACACUAUAAACCCUGUUAGGACCAUCUAGUUUGAGUUGAGUAAGAGAAGAAUUGGAGAAAAUGAGCAAGUUUGGUUUGAAGGUUGAGGAAGGAAAAGAAGGGAAAAAUGGAGAGCCAUCUAUUGGUCCUGUUUAUAGAAAUCCAAUAGCUAAAAAUGGUUUUCCAUCAGCUGAUCCUGAUUUGUCUACAGCUUGGCAACUCUUUAGAUCAGCUGUUGAAAAAUAUCCAGGAAACAGAAUGCUGGGAUGGCGUGAUUUUAAGGAUGGAAAGUGGGGUCCUUAUAAUUGGAAAACCUACAAAGAAGCUUAUGAAGAGACUUUGCAGACUGGUUCUGCAUUACGGGCUCACGGAAUUGAACCUGGUGCUCGAAUUGGAAUUUAUGGAGCCAAUUGUCCUCAGUGGAUAGUAGCAAUGGAGGCUUGCAGUGCCCACAGUUUGAUAUGUGUUCCUCUCUAUGAUACCCUCGGAUCCGGCGCUGUAGAUUUUAUUAUUGAACAUGCUGAGAUUGAUAUCGUUUUUGUUCAAGAUAAGAAAGUGAAAGAACUUCUAAAUGAAGAGUGCACACACGCUAAACGCCUGAAAUUGAUCGUGUGUUUCACUUCGCUACAACAGGAAGAGAAGGAUAAGGCAGUUUCUAUGGAUAUCAAGCCAUACUCUUGGAAUGAAUUUCUCAACAUGGGUAAAGAGAAUCCAUCAGAGCCUUCUCCGCCGCAGCCAUUAGACAUAUGUACAAUCAUGUAUACUAGUGGAACUAGCGGAGAACCGAAAGGUGUAAUAUUGACUCAUGAAAAUAUGACAGCAUCUGUAACAGGAGUUGAUCAUUUUAUGGAAGAAUUCGAAGACAAGAUGACAGUGGAUGAUGUGUACAUAUCUUUCCUACCACUUGCUCAUAUACUUGAUCGGAUGAUUGAAGAGUUCUUCUUUCAUAGGGGUGCUUCUGUUGGCUACUUCCAUGGGAAUAUCAAUGAGAUACAAGAAGACAUGAUGGAGUUGAAGCCAACCUUUUUGGCUGGAGUACCUCGAGUUUAUGAAAAAGUGCAUGAAGGUGUACUGAAAGCACUUGAAGAACUCAAUCCCUUCAGGAGGCACAUGUUCCAUGUGCUAUAUAACUUCAAGCUUAAAUGGAUGAAUCUUGGGUACAAACAGAAGUAUGCUUCACGGCUGGCUGAUCUACUAGCUUUUAGAAAGGUUAAGAAUAGGCUAGGUGGCAGGAUUCGCCUCAUAGUCUCUGGUGGUGCUCCUUUAAGCAGUGAGGUGGAAGAGUUCUUAAGGGUUACCUCCUGUGGAUUUGUCCUACAAGGCUACGGUUUGACAGAGACUUGUGGUUUGGCCACCAUUGGGCAUCCAGAUGAAAUGUGCAUGCUUGGAACUGUUGGUCCACCAUUUGUCUUCACAGAAGUUCGUCUCGAGGAAGUUCCUGAAAUGGGAUAUGAUCCCCUAGCAGACCCUCCCCGGGGAGAGAUAUGCGUGAGAGGGAGGACCACUUUUUCUGGAUACUACAAAAAUCCAGAGUUGACAAAAGAGGCUAUCAAAGAUGGAUGGUUUCAUACAGGUGACAUCGGAGAAAUGAUGCCUAAUGGAGUUGUAAAAGUCAUUGAUCGAAAGAAAAAUGUUAUAAAGCUAUCACAAGGAGAAUAUGUUGCAUUGGAAUAUCUGGAAAAGGUUUAUGGUAUUGCGCCCAUCGUUGAAGAUAUAUGGGUAUAUGGGGACAGCUUCAAGUCCAUGCUGGUAGCAGUCGUGGCGCCACAUGAAGGGAACACGAAAAAAUGGGCUGAUAAAAAUGGGCACAAGGGUUCAAUUACUGAACUUUGUUCCCUCCAAGACCUAAACCAAUAUGUUCUCCUUGAGCUGAAAUCUGCUGCAGAAAGGAACAAGCUAAGAGGUUUCGAGAACAUCAAAGGAGUGAUUCUGGAACCUCAACCUUUUGAGUUUGACAAGGAGUUGGUAACAGCAACAAUGAAAAAGAGAAGGGAGAGAUUGCUUAAGCGUUACAAGGUGGAGAUUGAUGACCUUUACAAAAGGCUUAAUGCAGCAGCUAAACGCUAAUACGUUUUUGAAUAAUGCGA